CAGAGCUCCUCGUCCUGGUCUCAGAGGGUUGUUGGGGAAAGCUAAGCUGAACCCCGAAGCUUAACUUCAAACCAGACAAUCCCUUCUCCAAGCUCCAACGUUUCGUCAUUUUUGACAGGUAGAAAUUAUUUCAAAAGCCGCUUGAGGAUCCCUCGUCAUAUUCUGCGAUCGCGUCAAUCUGCCCCGAUCGACAUUACUUGUUUCCGUUCAGUAACCCCGCCACUCGCUAUGUCUAAACUCUUGUUUAACGAUGUAAUGGCCCUAGCCUUACUACCGACAACGCCAAAUCAUACGACACCGACAGCUGGCAUCGUCAAGCGUUACAUGAGUCUUUACCCAGCUUGGGUACCAGGAUCUGAACUCGUUGGCGGCAAAGGCCGCGGGUCCAAGGCAGAUCCUCGAGCUGCAUAUGGGGGGCAUGUUUACUGUCAGGCACCGCUAGCUGCAAGCCGAGCUGUGAAAGAAGAGGAACCUGAAGGAUCCGGGACGCAGUCCGGGGGUUUCGGACUACAUGCCAUUCAAGGAGUUUUCUCAGCUGCCGCCAAGUCAGACAGGCCAUUCAUAUAUGAGGUCACCGUUCUCUCGACUAACCGGACAUUCUGCUCUCGCCUGGUGACUGUGCGCCAACCAAAGGAGACGAGCAAACGCGACCACUACGAAGACAACUUCUUGCUUGAGGAUGCUGAAGGGCCUUUGGGUGACAUCUGUUUCAGUUGCAUAUGCACCUUCAAACGGCCAGAGGAAGCCCGAGUCGUUUCUCAAGAAGAGCCACCGCAAAAACGCUUCGCCGAAAUCUUGUCAACCAAGUCACCACAAGAUUGGCCGUUCGCACCGGCGGUCGACGUGGAAGAAAUCAAAGCCAUGUUUCCGGAUGUCGGCCAGACAACGUUUCCCAUCGUUGACAUGCACAAAGUCGACUUGACGGCUUACAAUAAAGGAAAGUCGGUCUCGGAGAGGAAGGAACUCCUCCUAUAUCGUCUCAAAGGCCCUCUUCCAGCGGACGAUCCCAAUUCUCAUGUGGCCGUCCAUGCGUUCGAGUCCGAUCGCAACGGGCUGUUGAUGAUAUGCAAUCAUGUUGGUCUCGGAUGGAGUCUAGGCACCGCAGCCAGCUUAACGUACAAGUUUGUUGUCCACGUCAAUGUCGACCAAGCCGUGAUGAAAGAUGAUGGCUGGUGGAUUCAGGAGGCAUCAUUUCCUCGGACCGGCCAGGGGCGAGGGACAUUGAUCUGUAAGAUGUGGAGUCCCGAGGGUGUACAUGUCGCUACCGGGUAUCAAGACGGCAUACUUCGAGAGCGGAGAACAGAGGAGGAUAAGAUUAGUCAAAAGCUAUGAUGAGAUGACAAGAACGUAGUCUUAUGAAGGGCUAGGUUAGAACAGUGUAAGUUUAUAUAGAUUUGAUAUAGAUGAACAGAAAUGAGAUUCUCACAGGAGACGAUCAGGCUUUCUUCUUACCCCUAUACCCAUGGCUUAUUUGUUUUAUUCUCAUUAUAGACCAUUUCAC